UUCGAAUUCGAAUAAACAGGAAUUAGGUUUUUAAAAACCGCUGAUGGGCCUAAAAAAAUUCCUACGUAGCCAUAACACCAGAAGUAUGCCGAAAGGUAUAGACUACCGAACGCUGAUAGCACGUGGCAGUCCGGCGCGUGGCACGCACAAUUUUAAAAUUCCUUCGCGCAAGGCUCGUUUGAAGCUAGCUUUGAUAUUGGUUAGUAUCCUGCUACUAUUUCUGUAUAGUAUCAGUUUGCAUUCGUGGAUCUACGGUGGUGGCACGGGUAAUCCAUACUGGGAGGAAGCAUUCAUCACCAAGGACGACGAGCAGCAUUUUAACUAUAAUAGUUCAUAUUUUGUUAAUACAGCCGGCUGCAAAAUGCCAAGCUUGCCGGUAAUGGACGAUCAUAUCCAGAAGUACGUGGAACCAGUGGAUAGGCUGAACUGCACUCCAGCCUUGAUCCAGAGUGACAGUAGCUCAAUUUGGUUUCAGCUAUCCGAGCAGGAUAUUGAAAGAUACUAUGAUCUGUCGAACACUAGUAUGAUACAAUGCUGCUUCAGGGCGUUUAAACGUCGGUCGAAUAACGGAGUAACAGUUGUUGGAGCAGAAAAUUGUUUCAGUUACGGUGAACGAGUUUCGGUUGAUAGCGAGUUCAUAGCAGUUAUAUGCACGCAUCCAAGCAAAAAGCAAUCAGUAUUCUACAGGGAUUAUUUUGCAUUUGUACCAUUAAAACCUAAAGUUGAGGAGCGAUGUGAGAGGUUAAGAAAUGACCUGAAGGAUACACUCGGGUCGGACGAGGAUAAGCUUGGAGUAAUGAUUCUUGGCAUAGAUAGUGUUUCAAGACUGAACUUCCAUCGGCAAAUGCCUCAAACUGCAGAAACAGUAGUUGAUCGACUAAAAGGAGCGGAAAUGUUCGGUUACAACAAGGUCGGUGAUAACACGUACCCUAACCUUGUUCCAGUUCUAACUGGGCUGGAUUUAGACGAGUUAGCAGCAGCAUGUCUUCCGAAUAGUACGACCAAUAAUACGUUUGAUUUAUGCCCAUUUAUAUGGCAUAAAUUUGCUGCUGCAGGUUAUCGGACAUUCUACGCCGAAGAUAGCAGCACACUAGAAACGUUCAACUACCUGAGAAAGGGCUUCCAUGACCAACCAACAGAUUAUUAUCUGAGAAAUUUUUUUCGUCAAGCGGAAUCAUCGAUUGGGUACAAUAAAAAAGUGAAUUCAAAAUUGUGUCUGGGUGGAAGAAAUCCCACUCAAAUACUAGUGGAGUACAGCAAAAAAAUCGUUACCGCUAUGACUGACCGCUUGAGCUUCGCGCUGUUGUGGGCUUGCACGGUCACACACGAUAUGUUGAAUUACCCCUCAUUGAUCGAUGAAGACUACAGAAGUUUGCUGGAGCAUAUGGAGAAAGAACAUUUUCUGGAAAACAAUGCCAUCAUUUUGCUUAGUGAUCACGGCCUACGAUGGGGUAGCUACCGCAACACAUAUCAAGGAAUGAUGGAGGAGAGGCAGCCAUUCCUGUUUUUCAUUCUGCCUAGAUGGUUCCAACAAAAAUAUACGACAGCUUACCGCAACCUGCGCAAAAACCGUCAGCAAUUAACAUCUCAUUUUGACCUAUAUGAGACGCUAAAAGACUUAGCAGACUUGUCGUCGUUGUCUCGCGCAACACUCAAGAAGCGUUCUAUGGAAUUGCUUGAAACCAAACCUAUACCUAGGGGUAUCAGCUUGUUUCUACCAAUUGCACCAACUCGAACCUGCGAAGACGCUGGAAUCGCGGCACAUUGGUGCACCUGUCACGAUCAUAAACCUAUUGCGACCAAUGAUUACCGUGUAAUCACCGUGACACGCUACACUGUGCAAAGUUUGAAUCAGAUGCUGAAAAAGUAUCCCCAGUGCAGUGCUUUACAUCUGUAUACAAUAGAGGAUGCAACUCUUGGUAUUUCGACGGAAGAAAUAAUAUCAAAGAAACCAACAAAUCAUUUCAGUGAUAUCAGUGUUCGAUUCGUGACGAAACCUGGCGGAGCGGAGUUCGAAGCUACAAUCCGAAUCGAUUCCAAUAAUCAAAGCUCAUUAACGGGUAGUGUGAGUAGGACUAACUUAUACGGAAAGCAGAGUUAUUGCGUAGACGAUUAUCGUAUGAAACUGUAUUGUUUCUGUGCUAGAUAGAAAUUGUUACGGUUUGUUGCUGAUUUACUCGACAUAUGGGCAAUUUCUGGUGAUGGUGGAGAUGAAUGUGAUUUUUUUGUAAUUAGAUGGUAGACUGCUCUCAAGAAAUGUAUUUAGUUUUGGAUUGUCUUCUUUGCACAAGUCUGUAUUUACGAAACUCUGUUCUCGGGAAAAUCAAAAAAUUCGGUCAGAUAAUUUAUUUGUAAAUAUAAAUCAGUAGGUAGAAUAUAUAUAAAUUUAAUAGCUUAUUGUCACACUACUCUCUUGUUUCUGAGGCUUUGGUUACUUUGGGAGAUUUGGUUCGAUCAAACCAUUUCACUAAUCCAAAAACUCGGAAUAAAAUAUUCUGUAAAAAUCAAAUAAAAAGAUGCGUGGAGAGCUCUGAGAAGCAUU